AUGGGCGAGGAGGAGGUCGCCGCCCUGGUGGUGGACAACGGCAGCGGCAUGUGCAAGGCCGGCUUCGCGGGCGACGACGCGCCGCGCGCCGUGUUCCCCUCCAUUGUCGGCCGCCCGAAGAUGCCCGGGAUCAUGGUCGGCAUGGACCAGAAGGACAGCUACGUGGGCGAUGAGGCCCAGAGCAAGCGCGGCGUCCUCACCCUGAAGUAUCCCAUCGAACAUGGCAUCGUGACCAACUGGGACGACAUGGAGAAGAUCUGGCACCACACCUUCUACAACGAGCUUCGCGUGGCCCCGGAGGAACACCCCGUGCUGCUCACGGAAGCGCCCCUGAACCCCAAGGCGAAUCGCGAGCGCAUGACACAGAUCAUGUUCGAGACCUUCAACGUGCCUGCGAUGUACGUCGCGAUCCAGGCGGUGCUCUCGUUGUACGCUUCCGGACGCACCACAGGGAUCGUAAUGGAUUCUGGCGACGGCGUGUCUCAUACAGUGCCCAUCUACGAGGGCUACGCGCUUCCCCACGCUAUCUUGCGCUUGGACCUGGCGGGGCGGGACCUCACGGAGUACCUCAUGAAGAUCCUCACCGAGCGCGGUUAUUCCUUCACCACCACGGCCGAGCGCGAGAUCGUGCGCGACGUCAAGGAGAAGCUCUGCUAUAUCGCGCUCGAUUUCGACACCGAAAUGAAGGCCGCCACAGAGAGCUCCGACAAGGAGAAGACGUACGAGCUUCCCGACGGCAACAUCAUCACCGUGGGCAGCGAGCGCUUCCGCUGCCCCGAGGUGCUGUUCCAGCCCAGCUUCGUGGGCAAGGAAGCCAGCGGCAUUCACGACACCACUUUCCAGUCGAUCAUGAAGUGCGACGUCGACAUCCGCAAGGACCUGUACGCCAACGUGGUGCUGUCCGGCGGCACCACCAUGUUCCCCGGCAUCGGUGAGCGCAUGACAAAGGAGCUGACGGCGCUGGCGCCCUCCACGAUGAAGAUCAAGGUUGUGGCCCCGCCCGAGCGCAAAUACUCGGUGUGGAUCGGCGGGUCCAUCCUCUCUUCUUUGAGCACCUUCCAGCAGAUGUGGAUCUCGAAGGGUGAAUACGACGAGUCGGGCCCUACCAUCGUGCACAGGAAGUGCUUCUGA